AUAGAGGAAACGAUGAACACUGCCCUUAACGAGCUGCGCGAGCUGGAGCGGCAGAGCUCAGCUAAACACGCCCCUGACGUUGUGUUGGACACCCUGGAGCAGCGGCAGACCGCCGGCAGCGGCRUCGGCGGCCCCACUAUGGCAAGUUCAAACGAGUCCCUGAGCCCUAUCCACGGCGUCAUGCUGAGGUCGACGGCCAACACCGAGCCACCAAUCCGCCGCAGCACCAGCUCCUCCAGCGAGGCCAUGAGCACCUUCAAGCCCAUGGUGGCGCCACGCAUGGGGGUGCAGCUGAAACCUCCUGCUCUGAGGCCCAAACCCAUGGUCAUGCCUAAGUCCAAUCAGGCCCCGCAGCCUCCUUCUGGAGCUGCUCAGGACCCUCUAGAUAAAUCCUGUACCAUGUAAGCUCUGGGGRAAAAAACAGAGAUGAAAAGCAAAACUCUCAGCCCAUUCCUGGGAGUCUCUGUCUGAACUUCCACCUGUGUCGUCAAUACACGGAAAAGAAGAGGACAAGAUCCAAGAGAUCUUUGUAACCUUUCCAAUUAGAAGUUGUAGUUGCAAUGUAGACUUGUUAUCCGAGCAAAUCGUUUGCGUCAGUAACAUGCUGUUUUAUUUUAAUAUGCUUAGGUUACCAUCUACCUUACAGUAUAAGGUUUUCAAAAACGAAUUUGAACAACAAAUCACAGSAUCUUCCUUGAGAAUUUAKAUUUAGUUUGGUUUACAAGUGAUAAAGAACUAAAGCAAGUUACUUGUAGAGAAGCCUGAAGAGAGAACUGCAGUGACCACAGCGGCUAAAACGAGAGGAUCAUUUCUGUCCGUACCUGGGAGUGCCCUUGGAAGACGUGAAUCCCACCAACGUUCUCACAGACUUAACUGGAAAUGUAACUGAUUUUAACUUUCUGAUGUUAAAACGGUGCUGGACAAUAAACUGCUUAAAAGGUUGCCAAUCGUGUGGCUCCGCAACUUAUUUAUUAACGGUACUCUGUUAAUAAAUGAAAAGUACUGAAACUUGUACCCUUCCUUUCGGUAGCAUGUAAACCGCAGCUUUUGUUCCAUUUUAUUUUCUGCAAGGUGUAUGAUCAGUCGUUUUACGCGGAGGUGUAGAUUACGCCUCUUAUCUGGGCUCACUCAGAUUGAUGAAAUUUUGUUGUAUCAAAACAAGAAGAAAGAUGGAAGAACUGGAUAAAACCACUACUUUGUUGUGAACCUGUAUGCUUCGAUUGCUGCGUCUAUACCUAAAACUGUAAUUAUGCCUUUGUAUAUGUGUCAACCAUGAGUGUGAACGAUGACUUCAAACGUUUUAUCACACAGUGCGGACCACAUGUCAUAGCCUUCUGUAUGCCUUGGCUUUAUCUACCCAAAGACUUGUGUAUAGGUGAAAGCAUGGAUGUUGAACCUCCACAUUCACUGAUGCGUUUAGACUUAAGGCAGCAUCUUUGCCCGAGUUUCUGCCGGUAGCCAUGGACCUUAUGACUGUUAGUGUGAAAGCCUCGUCAUACAGCCGCCCUCCUCAUCCUGCUUCUGUCUGUGAGGGAGGCUAACAGUUUGAGCCUUACAGUCUGUUCUGUUCAGGUGAGCAUGUUACCUAUUGUUUUUUUGUUGUUGUUGUUGUUGUUGUGGCUACUUCUCUUGAACUGGUAUUAUUACUUCUGUGCGGAUUUAUGAGUUCAACUAAAUGACAUGGAAAAAAAUAAAAGACUGCACAUUUCCCUGCUCCUGAACAAUAAUUUCAAGAUAAAACAGCCUCAGAAAUGUGUUUGUGCCAGCCUCUGUAAUAUAGAAACAAUCGCUGGAUCCACGACAUUUGUAUAUCAUUAUACACGGAUCAAAGCUGGUUUGCAAGAAUAGGAAAUGCUCUCUAAUAGCAAGUUUAYGCCAUCUUUGACUUGACUAAAAAAAACGUGUGCGAAUGGAUCAAAASUUAAUUUCUGAAUUAAUAAUUUCAUUAUUUUUAUAAKUGUUUUUGUUUUCUGUUUGAUUUUGGAGGGUUAAAAUCACUCUGAGCCUAUGUUGUAGAAGACGUCGGCAUCAGUAUGAAGCCAGUUGUUGGUGUGUGUGUGUGUUUUUUUGGGGGGGGGUUUCUGGUCACAAUGUAACAUGAUCAGCAGCAGGACUCUGUUAAGCUGUUUGUAAACUUUAAACUAGUCUGUUCUGUACAUCAGUAGUAUGUACUUGUGAAAAGUGCCUUUGAAAAUGUUUAAGUGGAACUUCAGACAUUCUGUCCUGUUGCGUUUUCAACUUAGAUGCUGCAGUUUUCAAUAAAAUGCAGUGUAGCAAGUAGAAAUGCAUUAAGACUUAGUUUCCCAAAUGGCUCUAUGGCAGAUAUAAUAUUAACCGGCUUACACAUUGUGACAUUGCACUUUUAUGUAUAUACCUGUAAAUAUGGCAUGUAACAUCACAACAUCUAAAGUUCUUUCAAUGGAGGAUUUUUUUUUUAAUAAAGAAAAUAGUUUGUCGAAUCUG